ACUUUCACACGGAGCCCGUGGCACACGUAAACAAUCUCUCUCUCCCUCGUCAUGACACGGAUGUUUUGAUUGCUGCACCAUAGAGUGAAAAAACACGGCAGUAAUUCCCCCGGGUGGCGGUGUCGUGCCUCGUCCCCAUCCUCAACCACAACGAUGGACAUUACGUCCCUCUUCAAGGCAUCCGUGAAAACGGUCCGGCUGAAGCUGCCCCCGCAGAGCGUCGCCCCGCUGGACAAGAACCGGAUACUGCAGAAAAAGAAACCGACGCCGGAGGUAUGGGGCAAGGCGAAAACGCUGAAGCAGCAGGUAACGCUGCUGCGGAACUUUCUGAUCGAAAACCGGGCGGCCUACAUGCAGCUGGCGGAGCAUCUGAAGAAUUCCGCCCCGCAGAUGACGAACGAGGAGCGCGAUCUGAUCGACCGGGAGACGGAAAGUACGCUGGCGGACGCGGGUACGCUGAUAGCGGGCCUGAGGCACGAGUGUGCCGAGCUGAAGGCGGACCGGCAGGUGAAGGAGUUCCUCGGCCUGGUGGUGGACAGCCUGUUCGAGUACGCGAACGGGAUACGCAGGAUUGCCCAGGAGCAGAAACAGUUCCGCCAGCGGCGCCAGAUGGAAACGAUGCACUACAUUAAGCUGCAGCCGAAGAUGAAAACCGACCCGUACACGAAACCGCUCGAGGCGGUACCGUCGGAAAGGGAGGCGGUGGCAACCGCGGCGGUGGUCACUCCGGCAAGGACCGGGGACAGCUUGGACAGUUCGCGCAGCGCCGAUAAAACGAUGACACAAACGGUGGAAGACAUGCAGGACAGCAGCAUGUACGAGGAGUACGAAAGCACCGACCUUAGCCCGGAGGACAUACAGAUGUUCGAGUCGGAAAACAUCCAGCUGUACAACGAGCUGAAGGGGCUGUCGGAAGAGGUGGAGCAAAUCCAGCGCAAUGUGGCCGAUAUUACGCAGCUGCAGGAUAUCUUCACCGAGAAGAUAACGCUGCAAAACACGGACAUCGAUCGGAUCGCGACGAACGUAAUAGGCACGACGGAAAACAUGAACGACGCGAACGAACAGAUCAAGCAGGCGAUCCAGCGCAACGCGGGGCUACGGGUGUGGGUACUUUUCUUUUUUAUUGUGAUGUCCUUUACGUUACUGUUUUUGGAUUGGUAUAAUGAUUAAAAAAGGGGGAAAAGACGUAAAAGUAAAUUAUUUAAGGCAAUAAAUGCGGUUAAAGCGAUUAGAUUAGCAAUUCAAAAUAGGGGAAAAAUCGUUUCAUUUCCCAACGAGCCAUCAGCUGUUGCACCAAGGUUUAGACAGCGAAAAGGCCUUUUCGGGCGAUGUUUCAAUCUGCGCAAGCCUUUUCUCCUCUCUGCUUGACAACCGUGUCAGGGUGGCUGUCAAAAGUUGCUCGGUCGCAAAAGAAAAAGGGUGCAAAAUUUGCCUUGCUUUCGAUUACUUAACACUCACACUAUCGGGUGCAAGUUUUUCCUCCGUCGUUCCGGUGAUUAAAUAUCGAAGAUGCUCCGUUUUGCGGCUGGCCGUGUGCUGGGCGGACUUCGCAGCGCCGCUGGGCUGAAGAGCAGCCAACCGAUGGUGGGUGCGAUGGUGGUGCGCCACUCGCACAGCAACGAGACGGACGAGGAGUUCGACAAACGCUACGAGGCGUACUUCAGCCGGCCGGAGAUCGAUGGCUGGGAAGCCCGCAAGGCGAUGAACGAUCUGCUCGGCAUGGAUCUGGUGCCGGAGCCGAAAAUCAUCGUGUCCGCGCUGAAGGCUUGCCGCCGCCUGAACGACUACGCGCUGGCCGUCCGCUUCCUGGAGGGCGUGAAGGACAAGUGCGGUGACAAGACGAACGAAAUCUACCCGUAUCUGCUGCAGGAAAUUCGCCCGACGCUGACCGAGCUCGGCAUCGACACGCCGGAAGAGCUGGGCUACGAUCAGCCCGAACUGGCACUGAAAUCGGUGUACGAUAUGCACUAAAAGCGGAAUGCCCCGGUCGUCGUCGUCGAUGUGUGAGAUGAGGAGCGGCGUGUGUGUGUGCGGUACGUGUGCGGUAGCCUCUGACGCCCCCAAAACCCCCAACCCCUUGGCGGGGGACCGGAAGGGGCUUAGUCGUGGUCGUUUUGUCAAUAAUAAAUAAAUACACAGAGCCCAGCUGUUACAUAAUUGGACAACAA